AUGGAGUGCUUCUGGAGGAAUACCUUGUUGUUCACUAUUAUCGUCAUUUGUGACAGAAUCUGCUACUCUCAGUCUUUCAACGUUGGAACUGCAGGAACCAAGAUUUUCAGCGGACCAGCAGCAGAGGAGUUUGGCUAUACAGUCCAACAAACAACGAACCAUGAAGGCCAAUGGCUCCUGGUUGGUGCUCCAUGGAGUGGUUUCAGUCGAAACAGGAAGGGGGAUGUUUACAAGUGUCCAGUCUCAGGGUCCAGAAACAGCUGUGACAAGCUCAACCUACAAGAUUCUGUCAGUAUUCCAGAUGUCAAAAACAUACUUAACAACAUGUCACUGGGGUUGACUCUUACUCGGGGGCGUACAGUAGAUGAUUUGAUGAUGUGUGGUCCUCUGUGGGGACAGCUUUGUGGCACUCAGGACUUCUAUCCAGGAAUAUGUGCAAGAUUAAAUCCCCUAUUUCAACCUCAACCUGCCUUCUCUCCUGCUCUCCAGACAUGUGGAGGACCCAUGGACAUUGUGAUUGUUUUGGAUGGCUCCAACAGUAUUUAUCCUUGGGAUCCAAUGAAUGCAUUUCUCCAGAAACUAAUACCUACACUUGACAUCGGGCCCAAAACCACCCAGGUUAGCGUCAUUCAAUAUGGAGUUGAUAACAAGCUUGAAUUCAAACUGAACCAGUAUGAAACCAAAGAUCAAGUGCUUGUUGCAGUGUCCAGAAUCUCACAAAAGUAUGGUACUUCUACCAAUACAUUCGGUGCGAUUAGAUAUGCCAGUCAGUUGGGUUUUGAUCCGAGUAACGGAGGCCGACCGGGCGCUGCCAAGGUGAUGGUUGUCGUCACUGAUGGCGAGUCUCAUGAUGUGUCCCUUAGAGAUGCAGUCCUUGCAGAAUGUGAGCGAAAAGGCAUCACCCGCUUUGGUAUUGCUGUGCUGGGUUAUUACAUCAGAACCAACAAAGACACAAGUAACCUCAUUGAAGAAAUAAAAUCCAUUGCCAGUUCACCCAUAGAAAAGUACUUCUUCAAUGUGUCUGAAGAAGCAGCUCUCUCCACCAUUGCAGGAACUCUGGGGAGCCGCAUCUUCAACAUAGAGGGCACUGGAAAAGGAGGUGACAACUUCAAGAUGGAGAUGUCCCAGGUGGGGUUCAGCGCUCACUACUCCAGCAAACAGGAUGUGAUUAUGCUGGGAGCAGUGGGAGCUUAUGGUUGGAGUGGGACCGUCGUCCAUCAAACUGGGUCAAAAUUUGACAUUUUUCCUUCCUCUGCCUUUGAGGGAAUUCUUCAAGACAGAAACCACAGCUCAUUACUGGGUUACUCCGUCAGCACGCUGAGUGAUGGAUCUACUGAAUACUUUGUGGCUGGUGCACCUCGUUCCAACCACUCUGGUCAAGUUAUUGUCUACACCAUCAACGCCCAGAAGCAAGCCUCUAUCAUAGAUUCAGAAAGAGGGAAACAGAUUGGGUCAUACUUUGGAAGCGUUCUGUGCUCUCUGGAUGUGGACAAAGACAGAGUGACGGACAUUCUGCUGGUCGGUGCACCCAUGUUUAUGAGCGAGCUGAAGAGAGAACAAGGCCGGGUCUACCUCUUUUCUGUCACCAAGGGUAUACUGAAUGAACAGGGAUUCCUCAAUGGUCCGGCUCCAACUGAGAAUGCACGUUUUGGAAUGUCCGUUUCUGCCGCUCCUGACCUGGAUCUUGAUGGUUACAAUGAUGUUGUUGUUGGCGCACCACUAGAGGAGAAAGGGAAAGGCGUCAUCUAUAUCUACAAUGGGAGGGAGAAGACAAUAAACAAAGAGUUCUCACAGAGAAUAUUUGGCUCCAAACUUGAUCCUCAAAUAAAGUAUUUUGGAAGGUCCCUUGAUAGCUACAAAGAUCUGAAUGGUGAUACACUCCCUGACAUCUCAGUUGGUGCCUAUGGUAAAGUGGUCCAGCUCUGGUCCCGUGGUGUGGCAUCAGUUUCAGCUACAGCUUCUUUCAACCCUGAUAAAAUCAACAUUUUCAGCAAACCCUGUAACAUUGGCGGACGCCAGCUUUCAUGUUUCAUCACCAAACUCUGUUUUGAUGCAACGUUCAAGCCCAAGAACCCUGUUGGACCCAUUGAUAUAUCCUACACUUUGACUCUGGAUGCUGACUUGCAGUCCUCUCGUGUUACCUCAAGAGGAAUGUUCACAAAAAACAAUGAACGCUUACUUACAGAAAAUGCAAAAAUAUCAUCUACACCCCUCUGUCAAGAAUACCAAGUUUAUGUUCAGGAGACGCCAGAUUUUGUCAAUUCCCUCAGUCUGAAAGUAGAAAUCCAGCAACAGAAUGAAAACGCGAAUCCUGUCCUCGAUAUUUCCUCUCCGAGUGCCUGGCAGUUCUUUAACCCGUUCACAAAAGACUGCGGCUCUGAUGACGUGUGCGUUAGUGAUCUUGUGCUGAGUGUGAAGACAGACACAAAGGCGUCCAGCUCGGCACCCGUUCUAGUGAGUGACAGUAACCGAGAACUGUCAUUUCAAGUCACUGUGAAGAACAAAAAGGAGAACGCCUAUAACACUCAGGUCUUGGUCACAUACUCCAACAACCUCUACUACUCCUCCGUCAUUCCACCUACGGAUGGAGUAAAAUGCACUUCAACUGAAGCACAAAUUGUCACUUGCCAAGUGGGAUACCCAGCAUUAAAAACAAACGAAGAGAUGAAAUUUCAGAUCAACUUCGAUUACAACCAGGAGGUGUUGCUUAAACAAGCCAAGGUGAAAUUUGAGGCUAAAAGUGAUGGUAAGGAGGAGAGACCUGCAGACAACACUGUGGAAAUAUCGAUUCCUGUUCAAUAUGAUGCAGGGAUCAGUUUAUUGAGGCACUCAAAUAUUAAUUUCUACGUGGCAGAUUCUACUGCUCCGGUGAUAACAACAGUGAAAAGUUUAGAUGACAUCGGCCCAGAGUUUAACUUUACAGUCAAGGUUUCAACAGGCACCUUCCCUGUCAACCUCCUGUACAUGACCAUAGCUCUGCCAAUGAAAACCAAUGGAGGAAAUCAGCUCCUCUAUGUUACCAAAGUGGAAACACAAGCAGGAGGUUCAGUCAGCUGUGACUCCAGCAGCCUGGUUGACCAGCUGAAGAUUGGUGUGAAGAGCCACCAAGUCUCCUUCUCUGAGGAAAGUUUCAGAGGCAUGGAGAAACUGGACUGCAAGAAUGCAAAAUGUGAGUAUAUAAAAUGCAUCAUCAAAGACACUGAAGCAAAGAGCGACUACUAUGUGAAAGUUAAGACUAGGAUCUGGAGUGGAACCUUUAUUACGGCUACUUAUCAGACUACCGAGCUGACCUGCAGUGUUGAUGUUGAGACCUCCAACCCCGAUUUGCUCAUCAUCGGCCACAAACAGUUGCCAGUGGUGGUGACAGUCAGUAAACCUGGAGAGAAAGGUGACGUUCCAGUGGGAGUGAUCGUCGGCAGUGUCAUAGCAGGUCUGGUGCUGUUGGCUCUGGCUGUUGGACUGCUGUGGAAGUUUGGAUUCUUCAAAAGAAAGUACCAGCAGCUUCAGAAAGAAGAUGAUGACGACAUGCAGAGCCAUCCUCACGAAAAUGAAGUGCUGUGA